AUGGAUAAAGUGACUGCAAAUCUUCCCGCCCACAACAUUCCUAUAUCGGAUUGGGCCAUCCCGAGCGAUUUAUUUUUGGCCGAUCCCACGUUCAAUCAAAGUCAGCCGAUUGAUAUGGUUCUAGGUGCAAGACAUUUUUAUUCAUUCUUCCCAACCGCUAAUCGCAUCCAACUGCGAAGUAACUUACCCAUUCUGGUCGAUAGUGUUUUCGGGUGGAUUGUAGCAGGCUCAUCUCACACCGUCCACCCUAAAAAUGAAGCAACAUUGUCAUGCAGUGUUGUAGAAGUAGCAACGGUAUCAUUGGAAGAUUCUUUGGAGCGUUUUUGGAAAACCGAGGAGUUACAAACGAAAGAUAAUUUUUCGAUAGAGGAAAGACAUUGUGAAACAACAUACGCAACCACUACAACAAGAAACGUUGAAGGGCGAUACAUAGUUCGCCUACCACGGAAGCCUGAUUUCAACAUAAUGCUCGGAGACUCAAGGACAAAUGCCCUACGGCGAUUUCAAUUACUCGAGAAAAGGCUAGAACGGAAUCCAAAGCUGAAAAGUGAAUAUCAUUCAUUCAUACAAGAGUACAUCUCCCUCGGCCAUAUGCGAAUGGUCGGAGUGGACGAUUAUGAAAACUCCCAAACAUUUUAUUUACCCCACCACCCCGUAAUUAAGGAAGGAAGUACCACGACAAAAGUUAGAGUUGUCUUUGAUGGCUCUGCGAAAUCUUCUACCGGCUUCUCUCUAAACGAAGCUCUUUGCGUGGGUCCUGUGGUGCAGGAUGAACUUCUGACCAUAAUUCUCCGAUUUCGCACCUUUCCAAUUGCUCUAGUUGGCGACGUUGCAAAAAUGUACAGGCAAGUACUUGUGGAUCCGAACGAUACACCGCUGCAACGAAUUUUCUGGCGUUUUUCCCAAGAAACUCCAAUCGAAGUUUACGAACUCCUAACCGUGACUUACGGUUUAGCACCUUCAUCGUAUCUUGCUACACGCACUCUGCAACAAUUGGCAGACGACGAGAAAGAAUCGUUUCCAAUAGGCGCACCUGCAGUACGAAAAUGUUUUUAUGUGGACGAUUUUAUUGGCGGCGCCCAAUCCAUAGAGACAGCAGUCCAGUUGCGGAAUGAACUGACUAAUUUGCUCCAGAAAGGCGGCUUCGAGCUCCGGAAAUGGACAUCAAAUCGACUAGAAGUGCUCCAUGGUUUGAAUGUCGAUCAGAUAGGAACUGAAUCUACACUCCAAUUCAGUCCAUGCGAAACCAUCAAGACGUUGGGCAUAUGA